UGGGAAGAGCAGGGACUAUGCUCAUGGCUUAACUGCGACCUGUUUGCGGUUUUACAGGUAAAAAUGACGCCGUUUCGGUCAUUAUAGGGGUCGUCCUACAGCACACGGUGAAACUCUUCGGUUGGCCGUUUUUGUCGGUGAGCUGCACGGACCCAAUGUCUGUAGCGGCCGGAGGGGGAGGAGGUUCCCCCUGCCUGGGCGCAGCUGCGGCCAGUUGCAGCUCCGCCGGCGGCUCGUCCUACGCUGCUGCUGCGAGCGGAGGCGCGGGGGUAGCCGGGAGGUUGCCUGCCCGAGUGCUGGAGCACAUUUUCUCCUAUUUAGAGCUGUCUGACCUGAUGCGCUGCUCGUUGGUCUGCUGGCACUGGAACAACAUUCUAGCGGAUGAGAACAGCGAGGUGUGGCGCAGCCUCAGCUCCAGGACUCUGAGCGAUGAAGCCCUGCGGUCCGAUAUCCUGUGCAACCUGCCAACAUACAGGGGGAAGCUUAAGGCUUUCCAACAUGCCCUGAGCUCCCAUGACUGUUCCCGCAAUGUUUACGUAAAGAAGAACGGCUUCACCCUGCACCGCAACCCCAUAGCCCAGAGCACGGACGGCGCGCGGGGCAAGAUCGGCUUCACAGAAGGCCGGCAUGCAUGGGAGAUAUGGUGGGAGGGCCCCCUCGGCACCGUGGCGGUGAUAGGCAUCGCCACAAAGCGAGCUGCCAUGCAGUGCCAGGGCUAUGUAGCCCUGCUGGGCAGCGACGACCAGAGCUGGGGCUGGAACUUGGUGGAUAAUAACCUGCUUCAUAACGGGGAGGUCAGCGGGAACUUCCCGCAGUGCAACAACGCGCCCAAAUAUCAGAUUGGGGAACGAAUACGAGUGAUCCUUGACAUGGACGACAAGACGCUAGCCUUUGAGAGAGGCUUCGAGUUCCUUGGAAUUGCUUUCCGUGGACUACCAAAGGUCUGCCUGUUCCCCGCCGUCUCCGCGGUGUACGGCAACACGGAAGUCACCAUGGUUUAUCUGGGGAAACCUCUGGACGGAUAGACACACAUUUAGCUGUUUUCGCGAGCGGACUGCUAACACUUUCAGUCAUGAAGUUCUAAUGUGACAGAGGCUGAGGCAAAGCGGACGUUAAAACAAGGCCCAGGCUCUUCAACUACAGCCACACCAGGAGAACACUCGGACCGUCGGCAAUAUGUUUCUGUAUCAACGUGGGAAGAUUCCACUUUUACGGUUUGGCUGCCGCACUGUUUUGUUCACAGGAUACUAGAGCAUAGUUUUAUCUCAUAUAUUUCCGAUGAAUAGCGCUAAACAAAUAUCUAAGACUUUAUAUCUGCUUUGAAGCCCAAAACUACUCUAAACUGUGUCAGAAACUUUAACAUUUGAAGUGCAAACGGUACUGGUUAAAAUAAACUGUUAUGGUGUGUGAGGUAGUUAAAGCAACACUCUUUGGGUUAGCCGAAGUCUUCUAUUAUAUAAAUGAACUGAAACUGAAUCAUUGUGACCUGAAGGUUAACUUUGAUAUAUUUAAAAAUGGAGUGCAUGAUUUGCAGAAGUCGUUAUUUCUUAUUAAAAACAACAAAAACAGAAAAAAACUCAAACAGAGCAAAUCAUGCCUGUCUCCUGAUUAUGUGUCCUUUUUAAUGUGCUACUGUAGUAUUACAUGUUAUUUAUUUUGUGAUUUUAUCUCCGGUACUAUAGACACUGUAUGGUUGUAUGGCCUGAAAUAAAGUCCUUAUGGUGCCACUAUAACUAAGAUUGCUGUAUUUAUUUCUUAGAUAUUUA